GAUAACAUACUAUAAUCAAGAUAAUGUAUGUCCUUUAUCUUUGUGUUAAGUGCAAAACAAGCACAACAAUAUGGCGAUGUUAAAACUUUUCUUCUUGUUUACAAUUUUCACUGUCACCAGUUCUCUAUUUUUGGCACAUGAUUGUCAGAUGUCCAGCCUAGCACUGCGAUACAGUACAUGUCCGCCGGGCUCGUGCUGCUGCCAGGACCCAACACAAUCAGGACAAGUUUACUGUAAACCAAUUAGUGACGUAGGCGGACCCUGCUAUGCUGCAGCCGAAGAGUGGCCUGAAAGUUGCCCGUGUAAAUCUUCCCUUACAUGUGUCCCCAAUCUGCAAGUUCCAACAUGGACAUCGAAAUAUGGUAGAUGCCAAAAUGUGACCACUUCUGUGUAGUGUAGAUAGUGAUCACUUCUGUGUAGUGUAGAGAGAUAACUGAAAUUUAAAUUGAUGAGUAAACGUUUCUUAAGGGAUGAUUUUCUGUUACUUAUACUAUAUUUGCGUUGAAUUUAUUUGUAUAUUUUCAUGUGUGAAUAGUGAAACCAUGAUAAAGAAUGUUACAAAAGUAAAGAUUCACAAUUAAUAGUUUCUCGCAAUUCAAAUUGUGUUAAUAAAUAAUGUUUCAAAAGAAUUAAUAUAGAUAAUAUAGGUAAAGUUGGAUUUUAAGUCAUUUAAACCCAGUACAAAUCAGAAAGUGAAAGUGUGUUUCAUGUUAUACUGGAGAUGCCAACGACUAUCAUUUUAAUAGUCGCCUUCCGUAAACUGGCCAGAUCUCUGUCUACCUUUUGCCAUCAUUAUUCUGUAUAUGAUAUUUAACUACAGAUUUACUUCAUUCAAUGUAUAAUAUAGUCGAUGUAUGAAGAUUUAUGUUAAAAUUAUCAGGCCAUGUUCACAACACCAUUCAAUCAAAGUGAAUUGGUUUAUAAUAAAAGGUGUUUAAUACAAUAAAUAAUGUUGAUAUAAAAUAAUGUUGAUAGUUAUCAGUAUCCGACAAACAACCAAAGAGUUAUAUGAGCCGCGUCAUGACAAAACCAACACAAUAGGUUUGCGACCAGCAUGGAUCCAGACACGCCUGCGCAUCCGCGUAGUCUGAUCAGGAUCCAUGCUGUUCGCUAUCAGCUUCUCUACUUGUAAUAGGGUUUGUAAGCGAACAGCAUGGAUCCUUAUCCUGGUCGCAAACGCAUUACGUUGGUUUUGUCAUGACGCGGCUCAAUCAUUAUUCAUCGUAUUUAAACGUUCAUACUGAAUCAUUUAGAACUUAAUCAACAAUUUUUUUCAGGCAAUAUUUUAUAAGAAUAUCCAUGUGACACAUUUCUUAUGUUUCAUCAGUAUUUGAAAUACUUAUGGAAAAUGAGCCCAUUGUACGCCUAUAAAGAACUCUGAAAGAACAUUUACACUUAAUGGCAAAAAAUAAAUUUGCUAAAUCAA